AUGCAGGUAAAAGUAAACGGACAACGUUGGGCGGCGGAAGCCAUGGCUGAAACCAGCGGUGUCCAAAUUGCAUACAAGGCAUACAAGAAAUGGGUUCAAAAGAACGGAGGAGAAAAGCUUGCUCCAGGUUUAGGACUGACUAAUGACCAGAUGUUCUUCGUUUCGUACGCUCAGGCCAGCUGCUAUAACAGAAAUGACAAUGUCGCGUAUUAUAAUGCAGUGCGAGGAACAGUUUCCGAAGACAUUAGGACGAAUAGUGCUUUAUCGCAGAUAAAGGAAUUUUCUACAGCUUUUAACUGUCCAGCAAAGACCCCCAUGAAUGCAGAGGUUAAAUGUGCAAUGUACGGAUAAAUUCACAAGACUAUGCUAUUAAAAAAGGACAUUCAGAAUGGUAAAGGCUAUAUGCUAUUAAUACACAAAUCAUUUGGAAAUAAGCGAAAAAUCAAUGCAAAACCUUGUAUUAUACACAUUUGGAUCUAACAGUGAACAUUUUGUUGUUGGAUUGUCGAACACUAAGGAUUCAUGCGGUUGAUAAUAAUACCCUCUCCAUAUUAGUUUGUAUAUUAUAUUCCAUAUAACAUUAUUAUAACGUCUAUGCCUACAGAGAUUAAGUCUUUUAAAUAGUAUUUAUUUUUUAAAAGGCUUUAUUUUUGCUUAAUAUAUAUCUGUACAGGCGUGUACUCACAUUGUAUGAGAGUAUGAAAAUGAACACUCGCAAAUUAAAGUUCAUCAUUUUCCA